UUGUACGAGUACUACUUCUGCUGCUAAAACCCCAAGUGCUCUUGCUAUCCAUUUUGCUGUUGAGCUUUUCCAAGAGGGAGAAAGCUCAAAAAUCACAAAAAUAAUGAAAAUCCGACCGGUGUAAGUUCAAUUUGUUAGUUUUUGAAAUAGAGAUAUUGUUGUCUAAGCUCUCUGGAGUUAAACUCACCAUCGCCGGAGACAAUGGCAAUCGGUGCCGUCGUUUCCAGCCGGAAUUUCGGUUCCUUCAUUGGUUCAGGCAAAGUAUAUCAAGCUGAGCAAUCUGCUGCCCAUCAUCGAGGACAGUGCUUAGCAUUUGAUGCUUCACAGUUGGCGCCUAAAAAUGUGUUUUACAAUAAGCUAUAUAUGCAAAGGCUAAGGUGUUCGUUCUUUGGAUGCCUAUAUAUCUCACCUCUCCAUCCUUUUGGUUGUUUGGGUACUAGAAACCCAGGAUCAACAUUUCAUAUUGAAGCUGAUCAUCAUCUUUUAGUGUGUUGUCAAAUUGGUGACAAAUAUAACAUAAGAAGAACCAAAGGAAUCUGCCAAUGCUGGCUAUCUUCAACUUUUUCUCAGAGCAACUUGACUCAACCGAGGAAACGAGAUAAACUUGGUUUUUUCGAUAGGCAGUACCAACAGUCAAAGCAUGCAACUGCCACUAGCAUCCGAGCUGACUACAAAUCUGAAGACUGUGAAAUAACAGAAGCAAAAUUAGAGUCUCUUGUGUCGUCAGAAGGAGCUGGCGAAGCUGUUCUUAUGGAAGAAGUAGUGCAAACCAAUUCUUGGUGGGAACGAUUCCCAAAGCGUUGGGUGAUCGUGCUGCUUUGUUUUGCUUCAUUUUUGUUAUGCAACAUGGACCGUGUGAACAUGAGCAUUGCAAUACUUCCAAUGUCAAAAGAAUUCAACUGGAACAGUGCUACAGUUGGUCUUAUCCAGUCUUCUUUCUUUUGGGGCUACUUGCUGACUCAGAUUGUUGGAGGCAUAUGGGCAGAUAAAAUUGGUGGGAAACUUGUGUUGGGUUUUGGAGUUGUAUGGUGGUCAGUUGCAACAGUUUUGACUCCAAUUGCAGCCCGCAUUGGACUUCCCUUCUUGCUUGCAAUGCGUGCUUUUAUGGGAAUUGGAGAGGGUGUUGCUAUGCCUGCCAUGAAUAAUUUGCUUUCUAAGUGGAUUCCUGUAUCUGAGAGAAGCAGAUCCUUGGCACUCGUAUACAGUGGCAUGUAUCUUGGCUCUGUUACUGGUUUGGCCCUUUCCCCUGUUUUAAUUCACAGUUUUGGGUGGCCAUCUGUUUUCUCCUCCUUUGGUUCUCUUGGAAUCAUCUGGAUUGCACUGUGGCUGAGCAAAGCACAUAGCUCCCCCAGUGAGGAUCCAGAUAUUAGUGCAGAAGAAAGGAAACUGAUUUUGGGAGGCAGUGCACUGAAGGAACCUGUGUCUGUGAUUCCAUGGAAAUUGAUAUUAUCAAAACCACCUGUUUGGGCUCUCAUAAUCUCCCAUUUUUGCCAUAACUGGGGAACAUUUAUUCUCUUGACAUGGAUGCCGACUUAUUAUAAUCAGGUUCUGAAGUUCAACCUUACAGAGUCCGGACUUUUCUGUGUAUUACCAUGGCUGACCAUGGCUUUCUUUGCCAAUAUAGGAGGUUGGAUUGCAGAUACUCUAGUGAGCAAAGGACUUUCAAUAACAUCUGUUCGCAAGAUCAUGCAGUCAAUUGGCUUUUUAGGGCCCGCUUUCUUCCUUACACUACUUAGCCAUGUCAAAACACCAGCCAUGGCAGUCUUGUGCAUGGCAUGCAGUCAGGGAUCGGAUGCAUUCUCACAGUCUGGACUAUACUCCAAUCAUCAAGACAUUGGGCCACGUUAUGCUGGAGUACUGCUAGGACUGUCAAAUACAGCAGGAGUAUUAGCUGGUGUGUUUGGGACAGCUGCUACCGGAUACAUACUCCAACGAGGUUCUUGGGACGAUGUGUUUAAAGUGGCUGUCGCAUUGUACAUCUUAGGCACAUUGGUCUGGAACUUCUUUUCAACUGGAGAAAAGGUUCUAGAAUAGAUGAUCAAGAAAGGGGCAGAGAUGCUUUUGACAUAACUAGGACGUCAAAUGAGAAAAGGGAUGCAGAGGAUAUAAUGUAGCCGGAAGAGUGAAACCCAGGAGGCUGAACUUGGUUUUUAAUGCGCGGAUUGUCCAUGAUGCGUUGUAGGCUAGAAAAGACUGCUCCAGAUUAUCAUGGGCAAAGAAACCUGGCAACAUGCUGCUUCCAAAUUUCAUACCAUCUUUUGAUGCGUUUAAUCUGAAAGACCUCAGGAGAAUAUCAUUAACAUGUUUUUCAGCCAUAGCCGUUUAAAGUAAAUGAAUGUGACAGAUAGAAACCUCAUUCGUACCUCAUUGUUAUGCGCUCUAAUCAUUUAGUUAGUUUAGUAUAAAAUAGCCGUCUCUGAAGUCGAAAUGAGUGCUGCCAGGUUCCAGCCCUUGCGGUCUUUGUUAACCUUCCCAAUCUAUAAAACUGUCUACAUUCUGUGUU